CCGCCCUCUUGGAUGUGGAGGCAGGUGCCGGCGGCCAUUUUAGGUGUGGCUGGAAGUUCAGCCGACGCCAUCUUGGGUGUAGCUGGAAGGGUGGGGUUGCCAUCUUGCUCGUAGCCUGGAGGGCAAGUGGCGGCGGCCAGGCAGGGAGCCAGCAGUGGGACUCAAGGGCACAGGAGCCGAGCUGUGGGAAACAGCAGUAAUUUCAGCUGCUGGCUGCUGAACAGACUGAGCAGGAGAAGACUGGAGAGGAGGGCACCGUUGCCUACAUGAGAGAGACUCAUGGUCAGGAUGAGUCUGGCCUCCGUGAGGAUGUUCUGCCGCGGGGGCUCAGCUCCUCGCUGGAGGCUGGCAGCUGCCAGGAGAGCCCCUGACUGGCAGCCGCGCCGGGGUCACCACCUCACCCCUGCAGAUGACGAGCUUUACCAGAAGACAACGCUGAAGGUGCUGGAGCGGGAAUCCUCCAGCAUGAUGUUCAUAGACAGCUACAGCAGCCGGGGCUUCACCGUCAAUGGGGACAAGGUGGUGGGGCCCUGCGCCAUCAUCCCACGUGCCAUCCUGCAGUGGAAUGUUGGCUCUUACCAGGACAUCACCGAGGAGAGCCUGGUACUGUUCCGGCUGCUGGAGCCGAGAAUAGAAAUCCUGGUGCUGGGCUUGGGGGACAAGGUGGAGCGGCUGGAGCCCAGCGCCCUGAAGCUCAUGAGGGAAUGUGGAAUCGCUGUGGAGGUGCAGGACACGCCUAACGCUUGUGCAACAUUCAACUUCCUGACAAGCGAGGGUCGGGUGACUGCAGCUGCCCUCAUCCCCCCCCGUGCUGGCCGAGCCCUGAUGUAGAAGCAGCUGCGCCCCUCAGUCCCUGCGGCAGGACAUGAUACUGGCCCUUGGGAAACGCCCCACCUGUGGUGGGACAGGGCCUGGAAACAUGAACUGUUAACAGGAAGGAGAAAAUGGUUCAGAAUAAACUGACUGCCCCUGCUGUG